GGGCAGUGUCCGGUCCGCGGCCACCGAGGGUAGCGGGAACUGGCCGGCCGGCAGCCGCUGGUCUGGGCUCCGGGCUUUUAGCAAGUCUUCUUUACGGCGUGAAGGCCGCGGAGGUGCACGUGUGUGUGCGACAUCUUCAGGGACGAGUCCGCCGUGAUGAUAGCGCCGUGCGUGGACGUGCCGCUCAGGGGCCUGUGGGUGUCGGCGAGAACGCAGACCAGAUUUUGAUGUUAAAAAUGCAAAUACUGCCCCAUUUUAUGCCGGGGGUUUUUGAUUCGGUGGCCUGGUGAUCCGGAAGAUUUGAGUCUUAGGUUUUAAACAGGACUUAGGAAGAAGUCUUGUUUAAAUGCUGGCUUUUAAAGAGAAGAAACUGGGACAUCACACGCUCUUAUUCUCUGGGAGUAUUCUAGCUUUCCAAGCGUUAGUACUGAGAAACACGGAAGUUGUGUGGGACGGAAUACAGACAAAGCCUGGACACCUGGCUGGCAUCCGGCACAUCAUCCUCGUCCUCUCAGGAAAGGGGGGCGUCGGGAAAAGCACCAUCUCCACAGAGCUGGCCCUGGCCCUGCGUCACGCGGGCAAGAAGGUGGGGAUCCUCGACGUGGAUCUGUGUGGCCCCAGCAUCCCCCGCAUGUUCCGGGCGCAGGGCAGGGCCGUGCACCAGUGUGACAGCGGCUGGGUGCCUGUCUUUGUGGACCAGGAGCAGAGCAUCUCCCUCAUGUCUGUGGGCUUCCUGCUGGAAAAACCGGACGAGGCCGUGGUGUGGAGAGGCCCCAAGAAGAACGCGCUGAUAAAGCAGUUUGUGUCUGACGUGGCCUGGGGGCAGCUGGACUACCUGGUUGUGGACACACCCCCGGGGACCUCUGAUGAGCACAUGGCCACUGUGGAAGCCCUGCGCCCUUACAGCCCCCUGGGGGCCCUCGUGGUCACCACACCCCAGGCGGUAUCCGUGGGGGACGUGAGGCGGGAGCUGACCUUCUGUAGGAAGACAGGGCUGCGGGUGAUCGGGGUCGUGGAGAACAUGAGCGGUUUUGUCUGCCCGCACUGUGCGGAGUGCACCAGCGUCUUCUCCAGGGGAGGUGGCGAGGAGCUGGCCAGACAUGCCGGAGUCCCCUUCCUAGGUGAGCGGAUCGGGGCUGCCCCCUCCAGCCUCUACUCUGGGUGGUCUGACCUGCGUCUGCCCACUGUGCCUGAGGGAGAGAAAAACGGCAGCAGCUGGUUACUCUCGUCUUCCUCAAGCUCAUCUCGGACAGGCUCUGUGCCCUUGGACCCUCAGCUCACAAGGAGCCUGGAGGAGGGCCAAGACUUCAUCCAGGAGUUCCCCAAGAGCCCUGCAUUUCCUGCACUCUUCUCCAUAGCCCAGAAGAUUCUGAAUGAGACGCCUGCUCAACUCUCCUGACCGAGGCAGCUUCCAGCGUCUCCUCCUGGCGCCAUUGUGGGCUUGCGCUCACAGACUUGAGCAGGCGUCCUGGGUGAGGGUCCUGGAACCUGCAGAGACUGGCCUUCGCGGCUGUCACUGUGCCUGCGUCUCCCUGCUCUUGGAGACAUUUCUGGUGCUCCAGCAGCAUGUUGGCGUCAGAGCUGUUGACCGUGAGUGGUUCUGCUGGGUUGGCCUGUGGCGGAGCCCAGGGGAAAACAUGGGGUCCGGGUGCCAUGGCCUGAGCUCUCUGGUGACAUCACGUUCACCCCACAUCUCAGUAUUCACACGCCUCAGACAGACGGACAAGCUGCCCCUCUCAGCUGAGUCUCCAUGUUGUUCACAAAGCUUGUGUGUCUGCAGGCUUGCUGGGGCCUCCACUGUCCUCAGGUGCCCUGGGUUCUUGGCAGCCGGUGGGUCUGUGAGAGAUCGUGGUGACAGAGGGGAACACCCUGUAAGGUGUUAAAACUCGUAAUUUCAGAGGAACUCACGAUUAAACAUAUCCUACCGCCAUG